AUGGACUUCAACGGCACCUGGAAAGUUUAUUCUGAGGAAAACCUUGAGGAGUUUCUGAAAGUAGUCGGUGCGCCUCAGAUGGUUGUCAAAAUGCGCAAGGAAGUCAAACCUGUGAUUGUGAUCGAGCAGAAUGGCAAAGACUUCACCUACACGAUAAAGACUCCCGUCUGCACCAAAGUCCACUCAUUCACAAUCGGAAAAGAGUCAGAGGUCACUGCUGUGGAUGGCAGGAAGUUUAAGUGCACUGUCAGAGAGGAGAAUGGGAAGCUGAUCACUGAGACUCAAAAGUUCACCUCUGUCCGAGAGAUCCAGGGCGACGACAUGGUUGAGACUGUCACUGCUGGCUCAGUCACUUUCAUCAGCAGAAGUAAACGAGUCUAA